AUGGCCGAGCCAGGACGAGCCACGCGCAGCAAGCGCGCCAGCUCCGCCCGCACCGACGCCAGUGCUGAACCUUUGCCAGAAUCUCUCGCAGAGGCCGUGCCCGCGGCCAAGCGAGCGGCAGAUGAAGCCAGCAAGCAGCCCAAAAAUCCUUCAGCCCAGGCAAGCGCGGCUGUUCACGAUACGGGACCCGCUCAGCAAGCAUCAAAGGCCGUUGCCGUGGUGGCCGAGACUGAUCCGGACAAGGCCCCAUCUCCACCACCCGCCCCGCCCGUGCGCCCACCGCGCAUCUUGAUUGGCUUCACUGGAAGCGUCGCCGCUAUCAAAGCCCAGUCACUGGUCGAAGCCUGCCAGCGUGCCGUCCCCGGCGCCACGUUCAAACUUGCUGCAACCGCCCACGCCGAGCAUUUUCUCCGCGCCGAGCGCGAGCUGAGCCUGCCCGUUCUCACCGAUCGGGACGAAUGGACUUGGCAAAAGCGCGGAGACGCCGUCAUGCACAUUGAGCUGCGCAAAUGGGCCGAUGUGCUUGUCAUUGCCCCCUUGAGUGCAAAUACCAUGGCCAAGCUCGUCCAUGGCUUGUGUGAUAACCUCGUCACCUGCAUAUACCGCGCUUGGGAUCUCAAGCGACCCGUCCUGGUGGCUCCGGCCAUGAACACGCUAAUGUGGGAACACCCCAUCACUGCCGAGCAGGUUUGUGCUGCAGCGCCUCUUUUCCCAGCCGACUUGAGGCACCCAGAGCCCAAGGCCGCGUCAGUCUGUUGCACAUCCACCCACUGA